AGAUAUCUACUCCCUACUUUAUCGUCUUCACACUGGCGCGAAAAAACGCAUUGUGUGGCUACUAUUUAUCAGACUGUGGGCGGAAUCAAUUGAACCACUUUUUCACACACCCUGCUAAAAGAAAUAGCUACCGAACUUAUACUUUGUUUAAGUACAUUUCGUUCGGCGUGAUCUCUUACGGUUUUUACCCAUUUUCUCCGAGGAGUUCCAACUACUAGUAUACCAGCUGAUACGGAGAGACUCCAGUGCCAGGAAUUGCAGUGUGAUCCUUAGAUAAAGCGGUUGUGUGAAGAUUUUCUCCAAUAUCGGAGUCGAGUGUGAUCAUCUAUGCUUGGAAUAAACUCCAGAGUAUCACGUUGUGACAGUUGGGAGAUGGAGUACGACCGCUAUCAGCACUAUUUCUUAGAUGACCUUGACAAAGAGGAGGACUUCUACAAGUCAACCGCACCAAGUGAGGACAUAUGGAAGAAGUUUGAGCUACUGCCCACCCCUCCCAUGUCUCCCACCAGGACAUUAGGUGGUAACAUGCACGUUCCCCCGGGAGACAAGUUCGGCUGGCUGUCCAAGGUCUUGGGUCAGGAUGAGGAGUACGAGGGACCUGACACCGAGGAGCUUUUUGGGAACAUGAGUUCUAUUAUUAUCCAGGACUGCAUGUGGAGUAGUUUCUCAGCCAGUCAGCACUUGGAGAAAGUCAACGAGCGCCUGUCAGCUGCAGCGCAGGCUCGUCUCUCCCCACCAGCACCCCAGAACUUUGCGACUGUGAGCAAAGUGCAGUGCACCCUGCCGACCCCACCUGAUGCGACACUGCCCAGCACCGUGGCAGAAUGCGUUGACCCAGCGUCUGUGCUCACCUUCCCAGCCAUCAGCUGUAGGAAACCGGCAUCAUCGGGCUCUGAGUCUCGCUCCGAUUCCUCUGAUGAUGAUGAUGAUGAUGAUGAGAUUGAUGUGGUGACUGUGGAAAGCAAGCAGAGCCGAGCCCGCCUGUUGGGAAGCCGUAAGGCUGUGACCGUCACUGUCCGCGCUGACCCUUGCCCACAGCGUUUCCACAUGUCUGUCCACCAGCAGCAGCACAACUACGCAGCCCCUUCCCCUGAAAGCGACCCGGAGGAGGAGGAUGAGGAACCACAGUGUAAACGGUUCUGUCCAGACUCCAGCCACCACCAGCAGCCAGACUCCCCAGCCUCCAUCUCCCCCCAAGGGUCCUCUGCAGACAGCCCCCAGAGCUCUGACGCUGAGGACACUGACCGCCGAAAGAACCACAACUUCCUGGAGCGGAAGAGGCGGAACGACCUUCGCUCCCGCUUCUUGGCACUGCGGGAUGAGAUCCCGGGCCUGGUAGAGUCGGCCAAGACUCCCAAGGUGGCCAUCCUGACCCAGGCGACAGAGUACCUUCUCCAGCUGCACAGCAGAGAGAAGCACCAGGCCCAGGAGAGGAAACGCCUCAAAGCGCGCCAGCAGCAGCUCCUCCAGAGGCUAGCCACCCUCAAACGGUCCUUAGGAUAGAAACAAACUAUGCAGUGGACUCUUAAUAAAUCAAUAGCCUCAUUCUAAAAAGCCAUGGACUUUUCUCUUUAAGCAAACUGCCACUUUCAAAAGGCUAGGACAUUUCCUCAAACUCAAUGCCUCAUGCAAAAAAAAGAUGCGUACGAAAUGCCUCAUUCAUUAUGCUUUGGAUUAGGUGGAUCUCAGCCUGUGAACCAAUGGUGGGGAGGCUGGCGUUAAGGACAUUUCUGUGUUAGUCAUGUUUUCUCAUUUUGCACAUUGAGUGAUGACAAGGCGGUAGUUGACAUGUGGUGGUGUUGAUUCCUGGUGUGCAUUGAUGGUGAUAUUUGUAGAUUUCACAGGAACAGGUGAGAGGAUGCUGUGAUUAAACCAGAAUGAAACUUACUUCCAAAUGUCAUAAGUGUCUCGUAGCUUGUCAGUUCAUUUUAUAGCCUUGUCUUGUGUAUCUAGGUUGUAAAAGUCUUUCUUUGAUGAAUGAUCAAUGCACACUUUGAUUGAAGUUUAGUAGCGACACCUUGUGUACACAGAAAGUGAGUCACUCAUCGUUUGUUUUCUUCGUGGCUGGUUUAUUUGAUGCACAAAUUGUUCUGUAAAUAAUAGCAUAUUGCUCUGUUAAGGAGACAUUAAUGUUCUUCUCUAAAACAGCCUUCAGGGAGCUUAUUUUUAUUUUUUUUGUAUAAAUGUCAAAGUAGCACUGCUGUACUUUAAUUACAUUUCACUUUGAUGCUAUUUUGACUGCUUGUUCCUCUGUUUGAGAUUUGAUUUCUGUAUUCAUAAAAUUUUGAUAACAUUUGUGUA